AUGACAGAGCAGGACCAUGUGACUUUGGUUGUCACAGUACCAGCUUCCUUAGCAACAGGCGGUCUCUAUUGUGACAUUAGUUUCCCAGGAUUCCUUUGGUUUCUAGCUCAACCAAAGAAGUCCAAGACAGUUUCGGCCACAACCCCUUGGAUACUGACAUGGGGAAACCAGGAAUCGAUACGGCCGCUGUCCCGCUCAGCGCUACAAGCCGUUCCGAGCCCCAGAAUAAAGGCUCUGGCCCAGCCUAAGAAAGACUUCUGCCUCCAGAUCCAGCUCAGGAAAGAGGAAGAGGAGGAGAGAAGGAUGAAGAUCUCCAGCCCUUCCUCUCCUGCAGUGCAGUACGAGAACAUCGUUCGUCUUGCAACUCCCAAAACCCGAGGAAGAAGCGCCCAGGAAGUGAAAUUCAGCCGUCUUUGGCUUUUCUUACAGGUGUCUAGAGGAGCGAGAAUCACCACGGCGAGUGCCCGAAUCCAAGCUUUAUCCACUCCUAAAGCCCUCUCUAAAGAUUACAUCCCACCCAGAGAACCAACAUGGCAGCCCUGAGAAAACAAUACAGACCACAAAGCUGUGGUUUCCAGCACAUUCAUCAUCUGCAGUUAUUGUAUUUUGUCACUU